AUGCUAAUUCUAGCUUUCCACAAUGUCCAGAACAAUUUGGACCCUGUCUUUGCUCCUACCCUCAUCACGAGUAAUUACUGGGAUUACUGCGACCCCUCUGUGGCUGAUAAUGUCGGUUGUCAUGAACUGAAUGAGCUCAUAAAAUGCAUGGUAUGUGGUGAUACAUCAACAGGAUUUCACUAUGGGAUACACUCAUGUGAAGGCUGCAAGGGUUUCUUCAGGCGGAGUCUCAACCAACAUGAAUCGUACACGUGUUCAAACAACGGACAGUGCGAGAUCUCCCUCUAUACCAGGAAUCAGUGUCAACUCUGUAGAUGGAAAAAAUGUCUCGGUGUCGGCAUGUCAAAAGAUGGAUCCAGAUUAGGUCGGAGGUCAAAGCGGAUGAUAGAGAAGAUGCAUGAGACCAUCGCCAAGCAACGCAACCAGGGUGACAUGACAGUGAAGCCGGCUGGUUUCUAUAGCAACCAUCCAGACCUGUUUGCCCAAGGGAAGUACGGACCGGGUGGAAUGCCGCCGGGAGGAAUGCCACCAGGAGGAAUGAAUCAUCCAGGUGGACCUCAGGCAGCCAUGCUGGGACACCAUAUGCCUCCAGGAAUGGGUGGGAUGCCUAUGGGAGGCAUGGCUGCCAUGUAUGGCCACCCCUCUAUGGCAGGUGGGAUGGGGGGAUUCCCCAUGGCAGCCAUGUUGGGCGGAGACGGCCAGGUCAACCCACAGGUGGUGAUGGAACACAUGCGCUCCAUCUCCACUAUCAUCAAACAAGAACUUGAGCAAGGGGGUCAGGAUCGAGACCCUGCUUAUAACGAAACCUCAACCCCACCUGAGGGCUCCCCACCCCCGAUCCACAGUCGACGAUCGUCAGUCACGGGCUGUCAAGACACAUGCCCAUCAGCCACCAUGCAGCAGAGUGCCAUGCAGUCACCAACAAUCACAAGUUUAUCAACCCCACCGUUCAGGGCAGUAGAUCCACGAGGCAACGGCGUGGAUCUGUAUUCAGCCGUCAAGUUGAGCUCACCGGGGAAUAACUCUGCACAGAGGCACGACACCUCACCGAGCGUACCCCAGAAUAAGUAUGAUAAGUUUGAGGAGGAGUAUUCGCAUUGUGCGUACCGCUCAGAAAGUGCCCCUUCUAGUGAGCAGCCCACAGCCAUGGAGGUGGAUGAGGCUGCUUACAGCAGGCUACCUAUGUCUACUAUCUCUAAGAUGCUACGAUCAGGACAACCUGUUAUAUUAAUACCUAAAGAUGUCUCCAGGGAAGGGAGGGAUGCAGAAAAGGGGCACAGGGAUAUAGUUAUACCACCAAGUCCAACAGUAGUGGUGAUUGACAAUCAGAAAGAUUUUGAGGCAGAUAUGGACGAUCACGAUCGUGAAGAAGAUGAAGAGAAGAGCUCAAGAUCGGAUAGCAGAGAUUCCCCGUCAUCUUCAAAAUACGCCCAUGGGGUGUCGAUGAAGCGACGCAAGUCACUAGAGGAAUUCCCGCUACCGCACGGCAAGCAGAUCACCUCAUAUUCAACCCUACAGGGCCCCAGUGGCCAGUUUUUUCAAAUUCCCUCAUCCUUCCCUCAGGGUAUGUCCCCGGCAACAUUCCUGCCCUCCCAUUCACCUCUGGGUUCACCCUGGUCCCCCAUGGCCAUGACCAGACCUCCUCUUGCAAUCUCCUCAUCCUUCAUGCCAGCCUCUCCACCUCACCUCUCAAUGGCCAUGUCCCCCAUGGGUAGUCCCUUCAUGGUUCACAGUGCCAAGAUGCACCACGCCUCCAUGGAUCGCAAGAGCAACCAUUCGCCUCUCAAUCCCAAAUCUCCACACAACCCGCUCCACCAGAGGGUCCGGUCAACGCCAGACCCCGACAAGUCAGAGAGGUCGCCGUCCUUCUCCCCAUCUCCGCAUCUGUCGAAGUCACCAUCGUCUCCCCAUCAGAACCAUAAGCAGUUCAUCAAAGAGGAACCUGGCCUGCAGGAUGAACCCAAGAUGGAGACUCCUCGUAGUGGCAUGCUGGAUAAUUUCAACCCCAAUGAACCCAUCACGCCAGAGAUGAAGACAAAGCUUCAGAAGAUCAUCCAUGAUGUCAACAAAGUCUACCAUGACACCUGCCACUACACCUUCAGAAGAAUUAAAUUCCUGAGGGAGCGAUACUUCCCGGAACUAGGAGAAGAUGAAGAGCUAAAUGGAAGGUUACACUCCAAGUACGACCAUGACUGCAGCAAGUGCGAUCCCCCUCCAGGAUUCCCCACCGGUCCCAUCCCACCCAGGGAGUUGGACCCCUCUGAAGGCCCCAUCGAUGGUCAGAAGAUGUGGACCUUCUUCUCCAACAAAUUCACCAGCCAGAUCACCAGGAUCGUCAACUUCAGCAAGAUGAUCCCCGGCUUCAAGCAGCUGGAUAGAGAAGAUCAGAUCACACUCAUCAAGACAGGACUAUUUGAGGUGCUGACGAUACGAUUCUCCACGGUGGUGGACGUGGCGACCAACACGGUCUACUGGUGGACGACCGGGGACACCUUCAGCCUUGUGGACGCCCACAAGAUGCCCAUGGGAAACCUCUUUGAUCUCCUCUUUGACUUCGGUCAGAGGGUCAAUCGUAUGAUGCUGGACGAUAGCGAGUACGCUCUGAUGUCAGCCGUGGUCAUCAUGUCAGCAGAUCGACCAGGUCUCAAGAACCGCAAGCUGAUCAGGGAAGUCCAGCUCGACCUCCUCAAGGCCCUACAACUGGAGAUCAGCGACAACCAUCCCGACGACGACCAGCUGUUCGCUCGCCUGCUCACCACGAUCCCCAAGCUGCGCGAGAUCAGCCCGGAGCACACGCGACGCCUCAUGGACCUCAAGAUACGCCAGCCUGGUGUCAGCUUUCCACCCCUCCACGCAGAAAUCUUUGAUCUGGACAAAGAGGAAGCUGCUGAGAGCAGUUAGCGCGGUCUGACGAUCCAGU